AUGGGUGAUGUUGACAUCCCUGCAGCAGCAGACCUCCUGGAUGAGAUGAUGGCCAUGAUCAAUCGUAAUAACGAUGAAAUUGCCGAAAAGACGGCUAGAGCCAUGCAGUUGGUGUCGACAACGAAGGAGCUAAAACCGGCCCCACCAUCUAUCAACGAGGAAACAGAUGCACAUCCCGCCGGACCGCAGAGAAAUAUGCUUUCCUCAGAAAUAGACAAAAUAGAUCAUACAGACAGAGUUGAGAAGACUAAGAUUCAAAAGCCAAAGCAAAAGCGACUCACAGUCGAGGAGUCAAAGUACCAAAGGCGAAUUCAGUCAUUAGCUGAGCAACUUGCAGCGGGAGAGCAUGGAGGGUCUGGAGAAGAUGUUGGGGCUAAAGAUAUCGUGACAAAGCUUGGCGAAGAGGCAGAACUGGCCUAUUUACGAGCGCGAGUUGACACGCUGACAAGGAUGGUUAACGAAGUCAGUGCAGACGCAUCUAAUGCCGUAAAGCGAGAGAAAGAGGCUAGGGAAGAACUCGCCAUCCUGAGGGCAGAGCGAGAUAGGUUGCACAAGACGGUCAAGGAAAUGAAUACGGCAUCCGAUAAGCUCAAGUCCCAAUUGGAUAGUGCAAAGAGUAGGCUACAAGAUGAGCAGGCUGCGAAGGCUGCUCUUCAGGACGAAGUGGAUAAGGCAGAACGGGCAGUAAGGGCAGGUCGCACGGCAGCAGGAAGCAAAGACAAGGACUUAGUUAGGGCGCUAGAAACUAUAGACAAGUACAAGCAGCAAAUAAAGGAGAGUCUAGAUAGGGAGACAUCGCUGCGUGAAGAGCUGGAGAGCCUGAAGAAUGCACAAGGCUCUGAGAGCAAAAAGGCCGCCAGGGAGAAGGAGGAGCUCCUAUUAAUAGUCAGGAAGCAACAACAACUGAUCGAUGUACUCCAGCGCCAAAAACUCCACUUACAGGGUGCCUUGCAUUUGGGGCUGACAGAGGCUCAAUUCAAUAAGCUACUCGAAGUACAGUGA